AGUUCUCUGACGUCAGUCAAUGACAGCUAGCUGUCAGUGAGCGCAGCAGUCCCGCAAGCCGAGCUGCUAGUGAGUGUGUACGGGUCCAGCAGGUUUUCCGAUUACACAUAUCGUACAUUUUGCAAGGCGAGGACCAUCACGAAGCAAAAAAACAAACGAAGAGCUUUCUCUUCGUCCGUGACUUGAAUAGAGUCCGGCCAUGGACGAACAGGCGGGGCCCGGCGUUUUCUUCAACAACAACUCGAUCUUACCGGGUGGUGGAAAGGGACCACUGCCGGAGGGAGACGCUGGGGAGGCGGCCAAGGCUCAGUACAGUAUCCCGGGGAUCCUACACUUCCUGCAACACGAAUGGGCCCGCUUCGAGGUGGAGAGGGCACAAUGGGAGGUGGAGCGCGCCGAAUUACAGGCCCAGAUAGCCUUCCUGCAGGGUGACCGAAAAGGUCAGGAGAACCUGAAGAAGGAUCUGGUCAGAAGGAUUAAGAUGCUGGAAUACGCCCUCAAACAGGAGCGGGCAAAGUACCACAAGUUAAAAUAUGGAACAGAGUUAAACCAAGGUGACAUGAAACCUCCCAGCUUUGAAUCAGAUGAGGUGAAUGAGAACGAGGUCCCUGGCUCCUUGAACAACCAGCUGUCCUGGAAACAAGGGCGUCUUCUCCUCAGGCAGUAUCUCCAGGAGGUGGGCUACACAGACACCAUCUUGGAUGUGAAGUCUCAGAGGGUGCGAGCUCUGCUGGGUCUUGCUGGAGACGGAGGAGGGCGUCCUGGGGAGAGGGCGGUCAGCCAGCCCCCCCUGGUCAACGGAACUGACACCUCACCGAAAGGCACUGCGGGGAUAAAGGAGGUGUCAGAGUCCAGUACGGUUCUGGAGGCCUUCAGAUUCAUUGAGAGCGCUGCGGCUGAGUACAGCGAUGAAGACGAGGAUGAAGAUAAUGUGGGGAAUGAUAGGACAAUCAUGGAACAAAGCGGUCCUACAGGCACGAUCGUAAGGAAGAAGCCGUCAUCUUCGUCAUCUUCAUCGUCAUUGCAGGCACUGUCACCCAGCAUGGACACCAGUGAAGACCUGGAUACAGAGGAAGCUAUGAAGGACUUUGACUUCCUGUCCAGUCCUGACGAUAUGGACACAACUCCAGAGUCACGCAGCGCUGGGGAUGGGACAGACUGGGAGAAGGACGGUCAGACUGGCCUGUCUGAGGCGUGGGAUGUGGACCAAGGUCUGAUCACCAAACUCAAGGAGGAGUACAGGAAGGAGCGGAAGGGCAAAAAAGGGGGGAAGAGACCUAACCGUUCAAAGCUCCAGGACAUGUUAGCGAACCUGAGAGACCAGGAGGACAUGGGUCCACGAGAGCCCUCUGCCCCUCCCCCGGCACGCCCCAACGCCCCCAGGGUCAACGAGCAGCACCAAGACAAUCGCUCUGACGAAGUGGAGGCGCUGACAUUCCCUCCCACCUCAGGGAAAUCCUUUAUAAUGGGGCCUGAUGAAAACAAUGAGGCUCUGGGACUGGGAGAGCUGGCUGGUCUGACUGUAGCUAAUGAAGCUGAUAGUCUGCUUUAUGAUGUCUCCAGCAACAAGGAUGCCCUGAGGAGAACGUGGAACCCUAAGUUCACUCUGCGUAGCCACUUCGAUGGGAUCCGUGGUCUGGCGUUCCACCCCACAGAACCUGUCCUAGUCACUGCCUCUGAGGACCACACGCUUAAGAUGUGGAAUCUGCAGAAGACUGCCCCUGCCAAGAAGAGUGCCUCUCUAGAUGUGGAACCCAUCUAUACAUUCAGGGCUCAUCGUGGAGCAGUUCUGUGUGUGGAGAUGAGUAGUAAGGGGGACCAGUGUUUCAGUGGUGGAGUGGACGGGACCAUUCAGAGCUGGAACACCCCAAACCCCAACAUUGACCCCUAUGACUCCUACGAGCCGUCUGUCCUUCGGGGGGCGCUGUGUGGUCAUACUGACUGUGUGUGGGGCCUGGUAUACAGUAGUAUCCACCAGAGACUGCUGUCCUGCUCGGGUGACGGGACUGUUCGGCUGUGGGACUCCUCCAGCACCAAGCCUGCCCUGGCCAUCUUCCAGAAUAAAGAGUUUGGUGUUCCCUCAUCAGUGGAUCUUGUCUGCAGUGACCCCGCCCACAUGGUGACAUCAUUCACCAGCGGACACAUCGGCCUGUUCAACAUGGAGACGCAACAGCUGGUUCUAAGACUGGAAUCUAAUGUGGAAACGGGUGCUACUUGUCAGAUCAACAAAGUGCUCAGUCACCCCACUCUUCCCAUCACCAUCACCGCUCAGGAGGACAGGCACAUCAAGUUCUUCGACAACAACACAGGAAAGCCGAUCCACUCAAUGGUGGCCCACCUGGAUGCUGUCACCAGUCUAGCUGUGGACCCCAACGGGCUCUACCUGAUGUCUGGCAGUCAUGACUGCUCCAUCCGACUGUGGAACCUGGAGACAAAGACGUGUAUCCAGGAGUUCACUGCCCACCGGAAAAAGAACGAUGAGUCCAUUCACGACGUGGCCUUCCACCCCUCCCAGGCCUACAUUGCCUCAGCUGGCGCUGACGCUCUCGCCAAGGUUUUCGUAUGACGACCUACGACCACCCACCAACUCUGCGCCAAGGACCAAUAGAGACACAUGAGGGGUGGGACCUUAAGGUGUAGGUUUGAUUGACGUGUGAUAUCACCUCACCUCGCAAAGCUCCCCUAAUGCUGCUGGUUCCCUGUUUUGACUGGCACAUGGCGCAGCCCGUGGCCACAGCUUAGCCCCAGACACGGCCCGCCUCCUGAGGGAGAAGGCCAGGGCUGUGGUUACCGCGGUGGUUGGUUAGAACUGCUGUUGGGCACAAGACUUCCUACUUCCUCUACCCGCUACCAUCCAGGCAGGCCCCUGGGUGUGACCGGCCAUGAUGCCCAGCCCCCUGGGUACAGUUGACCAUAGGGCCCCUCCCACCUUCGAACCUGCAGCCAAUACACACCCACAUGAGCUGACCCUAUAACAGAGCCCAGUGGACCCUAGUCUCCAAAGGGGUUUUGAGGCACAGCUUUUCUCAAUUGAAGACAGGCGAGUGGGUUUAGUUUGGACCAGUGAGCUGUUGCCCCCUAACGCCUCGGUCAUGUCAUCAUGCCUCCCUGUAUAACUGGCUUGACCUGGGCCAGGACCCAGCCCCCCCUCUGGAGUUGUGUUGGGUGACACUUUAAGGUGCACGUAAUAGUCACUUAUUAAUAGUUUCUAACAAUGUAUGAAGUAGCUAACCGGAUGUAAUCAUGGCCUGAGGAACAGGUACUGGUUCAUAAUAACUACCUGUUGGCUGUUCAUGCACCUGCAAACUUCCAGUAAUGACUGGCCUCAAUGGGUUUUAAGAUACGCUGUUGUGGAGGACAUGGGGACUGCUUCUGAAGGCUGUCAUGGAUGGAAGCAUCUGGCUUCAAUCUAUCAGCCGGCCUUUUUCACUGCUUUUUCAUUUUCAUUUGUUUUUUUUGACAAAUGUGCCUUUGCUUUAAAAAGGUCUUGAAAUGAACAUUAUUUUACAGUGCAUCUUUGUUGGGGGAGGGGGGUUGGGGGGGUGGUUGUCAAAAUGGUGUCCAUUUUACCAAUAACCUUGGAUGUAAAUUUUCAAACACUUAUUAAUAAACAAAAUAUAUCUAUUCAAGUCCUAAACCACACUGUGGUGUGUGAGUUUGAGUGCACAUUUUUUAUAAAUAGAAUGAUUGGGAAUUACUAGCUUUGCUCCAGUCCUGUUUGAGGAUGACCAUAUACUGGCCUUGUGUUUUGGUUGAUAAUUUGAACUGGAUCAUAACAUGCUCGUUGGUGGGAGUGGGAGUUCAAACCCCAGGCCUUACCUACUGGUUCAUUAGUAAAGAUGGUACCCAAGAGAUCUGUACCAGGCUAAAGGGAAACUGUAGGAAGCUAAAUUGGCAGAGCUAAAGAGACAUUAGGUAUUUCCUUUUAGAAUAAUUCCUAGUUAUUACUGUACAAUGCAGGAAAGUUUAAUUACGCAGUCAUGUUUCCAAAGUAAACCCUCUAGUUCUAACAAUAUGAAGUUAAAUAUGUGGUAACAGUUAUCUUUAGGUUACAGCGUCUGAGGGUUUGAGGUUGGGCUGUGUUUUCUGCCUGGACCCAGUGUGUAGUUAGUCACAGUGCUCUCUCAGACUGGAUGCCAGCCUGGUCGUCUCAGCACCUGGUCUGUUUGUGUUGCCAUGUCCUGUGACCACUGGAAAACCAGAUGCGUGUGAAAUGCACAAACAAAUCUGUGUUCUGGCUUACUGCUGUGCUGUGCUGUUUUGUGUCAGAAUCUGGGCCCAUAUUUGGUUUAGGAAGCAUCAGUACAGGACUUUAUUAGUGCUGGGUUCCGAUUGAUUAUAGGAGCACUGUGUUCAAAGCAGAGACUGGUGGUGUCCAACAUUGCUCUGGUCAAAAGAACUGCACUAUGUAGGGUAACGUUUUGGACAUUCAACAACACCUGUAGUUACAGUAGUGGUAUGUUAAACUUUUGAGACAUUCAUGUAACUUGCAAGUUCAAAUGAGCCAUUUACUUUGACAGUCAGUCACUGGUUUGUAUAUGAAAGUGUUUUCAUUAAAACUGCUGUUGAAUCUG